AUGUCUUAAAAUAGGCUAUAAAUAUGUAAAAUAAAAUUGUCAACUUCUGUGUUUCUGGUAAAACUCAACUUUCUUCACAUGUUUUAGUUUUUAGUAGAUGUUUGUAUCCUCGCUCCCGGGGCGGGAAGGCCAUGCGAACAUCACACGACCUCUCCUGUUUUUCCAUUACUCUGCGGCGAGGGUGUUUGAUUCCCAAAACGCUGUGCCGACAGGGAUGCCUAAGUGGGCUUUCAAAGGUGCUGUAAAGCAGAUGAAAGCGACGCGCUCGGAAGCUUUGUUCCUCGUCCGGAAUAGACGGCGCGGUGGAGCGGGGCAUUCCUUUCAUUAGCCAGCUCGGAGUGUCAUUGUGGCGGAAAUAACACGGAAUGGCAGGAGGCACGCGCCGCUUACUGCCGCGGGCUCGGGCAUUACGCGCACACGUGCGUAUUCGGACGUGCACGUGCGUAGGUACUGGCUGGCAGAGAAGCGGCUCCCCCGGUGCGCCAGGUGCAGUCACUGGGAAGGGGCCGUUCCCUUAGCUUUUUGUUCUACUUUUCUCGUAUUUUUUUUUUUUUUGCAACGGCCUGGCAAAGUGCAGGGUCCGUCCAAGAAGAGUUCGCUUGGAAGGUUUUGGUUGAUGUGAGGGUCUUGCGUGCCCGUAGGACUCCGCGGGACCGAGACACCUGUUAAGCCGUCGCCGAGCGGACUGCGCGGGAGCCCGUAAGCUGCCGGCGACCCCAGAAAUGGGGUGUGGAACCUCAGCGGCCACGGAGGCUCAAGGGAGACUAUCAGAAAAAGAUGACUCCGUAAAGGCUCCCAGUCCAGCACUAACCAUGAAGGCGGCCAUCUUGAUCCAACGUUGGUACCGGCGCUACGUGGCCCGGCUGGAAAUAAGACGCCGGUACACCUGGAGCAUAUUCCAGUCCAUCGAGUACGCUGGCGAGCAGGAUCAGCUGCAGCUCUCCAGUUUCUUCAGCUUUAUGUUGGACAACUUCACACAGAUCAGCGGGAAUGGCCCAGAUCUGAUCUCUCAUCUUCUGGACCCUGCGUUGACGGAGGAGGAGAAGCAAGCCACGUUUGAGGGGGUCGAGGUGUCCGAUUCAUACAGCGGCCCCCACAUCUCCUUCCCCCUCACCGUGUCCGACACCAACGCUUUGCUCAGUGCAUUCAAAGCGCAGCAGAUUCUGCACGCCAGGUACGUGUUACAGCUGCUUUAUGAGACCAAGCGGUUCCUGAAGCAGAUGCCGAACAUCAUAUACCUGUCAACAUCGUACACCAAGGAGAUCACAGUGUGCGGUGACUUGCAUGGAAGACUGGAUGAUUUGCUGCUCAUAUUCUAUAAGAAUGGCCUUCCCUCGACGGAUAACCCUUACGUGUUCAACGGCGACUUUGUGGACCGAGGGAAGAAGUCCAUAGAGAUCAUCAUCAUUCUGUUUGCCUUCCUGCUCCUCUAUCCAGACCACAUGCACCUAAAUCGAGGCAACCACGAGGACCACAUCAUGAACCUGAGAUACGGAUUUACAAAGGAAGUUAUGCAGAAAUACAGGACCCAUGGAAGGCAAAUCUUGCAGCUGCUGCAGGACAUCUUCAGCUUGUUGCCCGUGGCAACGGUGAUCGAUGACAAAGUGCUGAUCGUCCACGGUGGCAUCUCUGACAUGACAGACCUGGAGUUCCUUGGCUCCAUUGAGAGGCAAAAGAUAAAGUCUGUGCUCAGACUGCCAAAGAGUUUUGAGGAUGUCGAGGCAGAGAGGGGACUUGAGAAGAUCUGUGGCCAAGCGGGGAGCCUGCGGUCAGCUGGCGGUCCAAGCGGGGGCACCCGGAAGAGGAGGUGCCGACGAAGGAAGCCGAGCAGUGGCUCCUCCUCCUCAUCUUCCUCGUCCUCCUCCUCGUCCUCCUCGAUCAGCUCCCCACGUGGUGCCUCGCAGGUCUGGAGCAGCCCGCUGCCCUCUCCCAGGGUGCCCAGCCCCACAGACCUCCUGCAGCUGCCGUUCCUGGACUCCAUCGUGGCCGUGGCGAGUCUGGCGCCCCCCAGGGAGGAAGCCGGGUGGAAGCAGAUCGUGGACCUGCUCUGGAGUGACCCCAAGAAGCAGGACGGCUGCACGGCCAACACUUUCCGUGGAGGCGGCUGCUACUUCGGGCCCGAUGUGACUCGUCGGCUGCUCCAGAGGCACGGACUGCAGCUGCUGAUCCGCUCACACGAGUGCAAGCAGGAGGGCUAUGAGUUCUGCCACGAUGGCCAGGUAAUCACCAUUUUCUCUGCUUCCAACUACUACGAGGAAGGCAGCAACCGUGGUGCCUACGUGAAACUGGGUCCAGAUAUGGUGCCGCGGUUCUUCCAGUACCAGGUCAGCCGCUGCACCAGGAAGCUCACCCUUCACCAGAGGGUAAGUGUAGCUGAGAGCUCUGCUCUGAAAUCCCUUAAGGAGAAGCUGUUUGCUCAUCGCUCAGAGCUGAUGGCUGCCUUCCAGGAAUAUGAUGUGAAUAAAACAGGCUGCAUUUCCAUCACAGACUGGGCCCAGGCCACAGAGUCGGUCCUGAAACUGGACCUGCCCUGGAGGACGCUGCGGCCGCGGCUGGCCCGCCUGGCCCCAGAUGGCGCUGUGGAGUACCAGUCCUGCUUUGAGGACGUGAGCGCCGGCCAGCCUGUUCCCCAGAUUUCUCCAAACCUGGCAGAAACUCUGUACAGAUACCGAACUGACCUGGAAAUUGUAUUCAACAUCAUUGACAAAGAUCAUUCAGGCCUCAUCUCCAUUGAUGAGUUCCGCCAGACCUGGAAGCUGUUCAGUUCGCACUUGAACGUGGAUGUGGACGACAGCGCCAUCGACGACCUGGCGCGCAGCAUUGACUACAACAAGGAUGGUAGCAUCGACUUCAACGAAUUCCUGGAGGCCUUCCGGGUGGUGCACAAGCUGGACACCAAGGAGAAGCAGCAGGGAUGAUAGAGGGCAGGCAGGCAGAUAGCAGCUCAAUCACAGUGCAUGGAGUAGCUUGGUGGAGAAGCUCCCCUGAACUACUGCUGGUCUGAGCAGUCUAGAGAACCUUGGAGAGACAGUCUCUCUGGACAAGGCAAAGACGUAAUGAUUACAGAAAUGGAUGCAUGACCAAAAGCUGCACUUUAAAACAUUUAAGUUAUAUGAACUAGACCAGGGCUAUUCAAAUCACGAUCCUCAAGGUCUGAGCCCUGCUGAUUUUCCAGCCUUCCUUUACCUGUGAGCCUCUGUGACCAAUCAGAAUCAGUAAUUAUUAAACUAACUACCUGAGAGCUUUGAAAACAAGGCCUGGAUUUGGAUUUGAGGUCCAGAUUUGAAGAUCCCUGAACUAGACCAUCUGCUUGGCAGUAAACCAUCUUGUCCUGUUCGUAUGGCAUUUAAAGUCUGCUCAGCACAUCGAGAGAGCCUUACAAAGCUUGAGAAGGACACGUAUGAUGGUCUUUGUGGCCCAAGAAUGCAUUUACAGCUCCGACAGUCUGGCUUUGAUUGGCCCCUGAACCUUCAAACAGGCUUCUGAACAGAUGUGACAGAACUGUGGGCUGUUAUGCAGAUCCAGGCCCAGUCCACACCGUGCGUGCGGCCUUUGCUUCAUUUGAAUCUGUUUUGGUCUUUUGUUGUUUCUCAUUUGCGAUUCCUUUUGUCUGAAAUUAUAAACGUAGACUAACUGUGGACUCUUUGAAACGAUGAUGUAGCCUCAUUAACUGCACUGUCAUCGAUCCAGGACUAAAUCAACCAAAACAAGCAAACACAUGUCUGGACACGUGCAACAAGCUGAAUGUAACAUUGGGAUUUUGAAUAUUUUAAAACCUGGAUUGGUUUCUCUUCUGUAUCACCUGACCGGUCUGAUAGGUCAAUGUGCUCCAACCGUUCCCUAAUGAUGUUCUGUGACCAACGGCCUGGUUGGGUUUAUUUCCAUCAUAAUAAAAUCUCCAUUUUAAGAUCUGCACGGCAUUCCCAAUGCUCCUCACCAGCAUGGACAUGGAAGGAGUUGCCUUUGUUCAGAAAUGUUGAUGUGCUGUUGAAGAAACAUUCAAUGCGCCAUUUGACUUGGGCUGGGAAUGUGCGCCUAUAUUUGUGCAUGUGUACGGGUGUAUGUGUUCACACACACACACACACACACACACACACACACACACACUGCUUCCUCAGAAAAGGCUUCUUCACCCAGACCGUGUGUCACAGUGUCCCCUUACUGUUGCCCCGUUGUUGGGUAUUUAGACGUCACCUCCAGUCCAGUCAGACCAUGCCUGGUAUUCGUUGCACUGACCCACAGGAGGCGUGGAAUCAACAGGAAAAUCAGGCUGUGCAGCCCCAGGAGGAGAGAAGAGGGACAUGCUGGCCUCCAUGAUGAAUCUCUCUCACCAGAACCUCAAUGACAAAGACCAAGGAAUUAAAUGAUGGCUUUGGGAGGAGAACAGGGUACAUGAGGAGGAGGAGGAGUCCUGCAUAAUUCAUUGCAUCUGCUGCGACCUGCUGCCCCAGACAGUUGCAUGCGUGUACACGAGCGGCCCAGUGCUUCCCCUCUGCUCACUUCUCAUUAUCUGGCGUGUUUAUCACCAUGCUUUUUUUAAGUUCUGGCUCUCAUGUCCUCCUGGAGGAUGACAGCCCGUGGAAAUGAACCUGCAUUAUGAAGAGUCUUCAUCACCAAAGGAUUUAUGGGAAAACCUUGAGAUUUUUUUUCUUUAAUUUUAGUUUUAAGCUUUUCUUUUCAACCUUUUGGGGGAGGAGUGGGUGUCAGUCCGCAGUAAAAAUCCAGCAAGUUGUACCCCAUCCUCGUCCCACCCCCUCCUACAGGAGGGGCCGUCCCUUUAGCCGCUGUUAGUGUGAGCAGAGAUCACCCAAAACUCCACUCAGCCACUCUGAGGAUCCGUCGUCCCUCUACAUGGGGGCUCUGGUGAGGCUGGUGGGGCUUUUGGCCCUGUCCUGGACCUGGACCCUCCCUCCAGGUAAGCCCUCUGACCUCUGACCUCUGCAUAGCUGCCUGACCGCAGGAAGGGAAAUCAUGUCUCAACUGGUCAGCUCGCACAUUUGUGAAAGUAUGUGUAACACUGCAAUUCUCGUAAUCAUGUAUGUGUGGCCUUUGAAUAUAUGUGAAUUUAAUCUGUAGUUUAGAAAGUUUUUCCUCACUUAGAUUUUUUUUUAUAAAUAGUUUUCUACUUUUGUUUGCAUAUAGUAUGUAUUACUCCAUAAAAUGGGAUGAAGAGGUAACUGUAUAUUUUAUAAAGUGUUUUUUACUGUUAUUAAUAAUUUACCUUCCACAUGUUAUUUGACUGUUUCUGUUUUAGAAAAAAGAAAGAUUUCUUCUCAAGAUAUGCAGUUCAUUGGUAUUUUGGUUUUGCUUUUAUUCAAAAGCGUACAAAAUCUGUAAGAAUAUGAAAUAAUUUAACAGUGAAUGUAUGUUUGCUCUGAUCUUCCACGUGUGCUUAGAAUGUUUGGCGGCGGUUGGGUUCUAUGAGAAUCCAUCUCUUUUUAUUUGUUGUCAUGGACAAACAGAGGUGUGCUUUUUUUUCUGGAAUCUUGGAGAGCCCUGGAUAUUUCCUUCUGUCUGGAUUCCUGCCCUCCCAGUAAUGAUGCAAUUAAAGAAACCAUCACAUUUCACAGAGGGCCACAGGUGUCUGAAGACCACAGGACAAUGUGUCAGCAGCUGUGUCCGAAUUCAGGGGCUCUUUUAAGGCUGCAUGCCAAGACGGAAUGCGUCACGGCAGUGGAAUAUGGCUGUCCCAUUCGGAAGGCUCCUUCAAAUGCGGUCUAGAAAUGUGUCCUUCGUUUCCCGGGCCUUGAAGGACGCAGCCGAUGGGUCCCUCGCAGCCCAGCAUAUCCCAAAAUUUGUUGCGUGGAUUUUUAGAAAAUCUUCAAAGGAUGCAGCCCCUGAAUUCGGACACCGCCAGCGCUUCUAAGGCUGUGCUGUCGGAACUUGCGAUGGUUUUAGACAUCUGGCAAAUGGGCGCACCUUCUUCCGGUACGGGGGGCUCUACGUCACUUUCACCUGUAAUCCGGGCUUCAAGCUCCAUGGCCAUCG